UAAACGUGACCCUCUUCACCGUAUGAGCUCUCAAAAUUUUAAAAUCAGGAAUUAUGUGUAAAUUAAUACAUAUUUAAAUUCUGUUUGAGGAUAAUUACUUUUGACAUUAUUAAAUUUACCUAAAAAGCAUAAUUAAUUUAUUCAGUUUCUCAAUAUGGCUGCGUCAUCGUAUGAAAAGCUAGUGCUGAUUUAAAAGUCCACUUGUAGUCACUCUGUGCUCGAAGUCCGCAUGGCAGUGGCAACCAAAAAGAUAAAAGAAAAGGAGGCAAAGAUCCCAAAUGCAAAACCUGAGAAGCUUAGUUUCGGAUUCCUUUCACAACAACGAAUAUGGAGCCGUUUCGUAGUGAUUCUCGGUGUUAUAACGUACAUUUGGUACACGGCUAAAGAUGGAAAGGAAACGCCUCUCGCCAAACAGAAAGAUGUUGUGCAGCGCCGAGGGCAAGUUUUCGAAUGUGACUCCAAUUAUCUAACGGAAGUAAAGCAGUUUGCCAAUUGCGAACCGAAGAAGUGUGGUCGUUACAUUUCCGAUAAGAUAGUAACAACCAAUGAAGUGGAGGUUUUAUUGAAAAUUGCAAAACGGGGUUUUGCUUUAGGCAGUUCCGACCGUGGCGUGUCUAUUUUAGAUUUACAUUCCGGAGCUCUCUCCUUCGGAGAGCAGUUAGUUAAUAUACAUUCCUUUGUCGAGUCCAAAAAUAUAUUGAAUCCGGCAGACUUGGCCGUCUAUAAGAUUGUUAAAGCUAAAAUCCAGCAUGCAAUUGCAGAAACAUUCCAAAUCGGUAUUAAUCAACUGCAAAUCGCGCAUCCCACUUUCUUUUCUAGGGUGACGAAUUUAGACCCUAAAACUGUGCACAACGAGUAUUGGCAUGUACACGUGGAUGAGGAUGUCAACAAAUCAUUUCACUAUACCUCCGUAUUAUAUCUUGCUGAUUACGGAAGAGAAUUUGCAGGUGGGCGACUAACAUUUUUGGAUACUCAAAAGACUAACGUUACUCUUGAACCUCGUAAGGGAAGGGUGGUAAUGUUUACUUCGGGACGUGAAAAUACGCAUCAUGUGGAACGUGUUGCUUCCGGUACUCGAUAUGCAAUGACAGUUUCAUUUAGUUGUGAUGUUAAAAAAGCGAUAAAAGAUCCGGUUACACCUAAAUAGUAUUGUUAUUUACUGUAGUUUUACGCACUGUUUUGUUAUUUGUGAGUGUGAGUGAAUUGUAACAUGUUUGGUAAAAUAUACAAGUAGUAAGGUAGCAUUUUAA